UCCUGUCUUAUUGUUGAUGUAGAUUGCUCUAAAAAAAGUGCUUUAGAACGGCAAACAACUUCUCAGAUCCAUUGUGUUAGUAUUAGCAUUCCAGGAUUUGCACUCCAGACUAAUAUUUUCCAUGCGUACGGCUGUUUUAUUUCCUGGAGACUGGGAUUUUCCUGAAGAAUGAAAUGGAAAACUUUUAUGGGCAAGUAUCCUGAGUGCCAUACUUAUGUGAAAGUACUCUUAAAGGGAUUUUCUGUCAAUAACAAAAAUUUGCAACAAAGACAGAACUGAUUUCAAACCAUGGAUGUUUUAAACUCAGAGGAUGGCAGCAAUUAUGAGGACUAUUAUAAUGCAGAAGGACUUGAAGAAUAUGGACUCUGCAAGAAGACACAUCUAAAGGAAUUCAGCAAUCUGUUUCUAACUAUAUUCUACUCCAUUACCUGUGCGCUGAGCAUUAUUGCUAAUUUAAUCCUCCUAAUAGCAUUCAUCAAACACAAAACUCUGAGAAAGGUGUUGCCUCUGCACAUGGUCAUAUCGGAUUUUAUUUUUUCACUGAGCCUUCCGUUUUGGGCAGUGUAUGCCAGCAGUGAAUGGAUCUUUGGUGAUCAAAGCUGUAAGGCAAUCACAUUGGUUUACACGGUCAGUUUGUAUAGCAGCAAUCUCUUUGUUGCUAGUAAGAGCUUACAAAGAUUUAUGGACCUUUUAUGUGUUGUUUCUACCAUCAGGAUCUUCAACAGUCCAAAGAGGAAUACUAUCAUGUGCAUUUUGGUGUGGCUUUUAUCAGUUUUGGCUGCUGCUGUUCAUGUCAGCUUUGUUGAGACUCAAAAGGUCCAUGAACUGAACAUUUGCACUUUCAAUUUCCACAAUAAAGUUGGAUGGAAAAUCUACAUAAGAUUUCAGAUGAACAUACUUGGGUUUGUCAUACCAUUUUUAGUGCUCCUAUUUUGUUCAAUCAGACUACCAUGUGUUUCUGUGGUAAGGAACAGAUUCCAGAUGUUUAAAUAUGAAAUUGGAUUCACUGUCAUGUUUUUUCUCCUCUGGUUCCCAUACAGUGUUGUAAUUUUUUUGCAUGCUUUGCAAGACCUUCACAUUUUUUAUACAUGUUCCACUAACAUAAACUUGGACUUUGCUAUUCAGGUUACAGAAUGUAUUGCUUUCAUGCAUGCUUUCAUAAAUCCUCUUUUAUAUAUAUAUUUAAACAAAAAAGUCUGGAAACGAUUGAGAAAUGCUUCCAAAACUCCAAGGGAGUAUCUGCUUGAGGAAUGCAACAGUUCAUCAAACAUGUCCAGUCAGGAUGGUGCUAUAGAGCUAAGGUCUGUUCAGCAAUAUCAAAACUAUGACCUGAGCUUUUGUGCUGAACGACCAAAUAACUUACUACCAAAGCCAAAGUAAAAGCUUGUGAAAAAAUAUCAAGCUUUACUGUGUAUCUCAGUGUGUACUGUUUACUGUGUGUAUCUCAGUAUACCAACACAGAUUCCACUCCUACUUACAUAUGGUUUAUUUCUACAUAUAAUUUUAUAUAAAUACAUAUUUUUGCAGUUUAUAUUAGCUUGUUUUAUAUAAUUUCUUUAAUGACAAAAUUUGUUGUUGAAGUUAGUUAAGUUUAUUUCCACAAGCAAUGGCUGAUUCAGCAGUAAUAAAACCAAACUCAAAAUAAUGUGUGUGUGUGUGUGUGUGUGUCUCUUUAAGAUUCAACCAUGUGAGGUGGGGGGAAAAACACUAUAUCAGCAUUUUGUUGUCAAGCUAAAAUGCUUAUGUAAUAAACAAGUUUUUCAGCAAAACACUAAUAUUGACAAUGUAAAAUACAAUGUUUUUAACAAAUAUUGAGAUAUGCUGAAUCAGUUCAACAAGUGGCCUUUCUCUGACAUUCUUAUCAUAAAGAUAACGGUAGCCUUGACCUUGCUUGUUUUGGAUUAAAAAUUACUCUGCUAGAAGCAUAAUUAAACAAAGCUCAAUAUUCUUUUCUUUUCUUUAAGAACUUCAGUAUAAGUUUGCAUUGUUAUGCAACACACUGUUAUUUUGUUUUAUAUUUUACAGAUUUGUACAUUCUUCACCAAGUUU